GACUUUCCUGGUCAAUUUGCAAAGCUACAUAUUCAAGAAAACGAGGAAAUGGCUACUCUUAAGUUUUUAGACAGAUCGUGGCCGGUGAAGCUCUUAAGUUAUAUGCAUGAAAUCCGGGUGUUCUUCGCUGCUGGUUGGCCUGUAUUCGCAGAAGUCCUCAUCCGCGUAUGGGAAAUAUCUGUGUUUGAGCUCAUUGAUAGAGAUGAUGCUGCGUUCCACGUCUCCAUUUUCGGUAGUGCCGGUGGGAUUGAACUGUCCACACGAAGAGCGAGCCAUUCUGAGCUGGAUUUUCAUGGUCCUACACUUUCAAGGCCUCUCACAUCUCCUAAAUUGGCCAGCGAUAUUGAUUCAGAGCAUCCCUUUUUCAAGCCAGUGAUCCCGUGAUGUCAUACCAAUAGCCUGCUAAGAUCUGGAGCUUACAUCAUCACUGAUAUAUCUCAUGUUCAAUAUGACGAUUUUCAUGUUUUGGCUGCUCAAAACAUGUACCUGUCCAGGGUCUUCUGGUUGGAUUCGACAGGCAACAUAUUCUGGAAAACAAACAAAUAUCAACUCUUCGGUAUUCGGUUAGAUUGUGGCCAGUGAAUUAGAGGCCAUGGACAAGCCAGAGGAGCUCUUUACAUGUCCUUCUCCACCCAUUGGUGGGCAUUGGUGAUCGAAACUCAUCAGUGUGCAGCAAAUGUCUGCGUGUUUGAGCUCAUUGAUAGGGAUGAUACUGUGUUCAAAGUCACCACUUUGAGUGGUGCCUGUAAUGUCCUCGAUUCGCGUUGAUUGAGUUGAACAUCGGAAGAAUUACUUUAGGCCGUUGCAGCUUGGAUAUUAAUUCAAGAUUUGUAAAUAUGCCUGUUUGAUUGAGUAGCGCCGCAGUGAAGCAAUGAAAAGCACUCAGUUUCUGCGUU